GUCAGCUCUCCAUCUCUCCUCCUGGCCCGGCCCGUGUUUUCGCUGUUGCUUCGCCGCUCUCGCUUUUUCUGUUUUCCUCGGGUGGCGCGCCAGAUGAGAAAAAUGCCUGUCCUUCUGCAGUUCACAUAGUGGUUUUUCUGUUCAUUCUUUCCUGGGUCCCCCCAGGCCUAAUCGCGUCGACUUCCUCCCCCCCUCCCCUCCAUCCUUUGGCCGCUGUCAGGACCCGCCGAUCAGCAUAGACGCAGUUGUCUUAUUCCACUACUUCUUCCGUUCGCUAAAUCAAUAUGAGCGACCUUGACCAGGCGAUCGCGCAGCUACGUGCCUGCCGCCUGAUACCCGAGACACAAGUGCGAGAGCUCUGCUACAAGGCGCGAGAACUGUUGAUAGAAGAGGGAAAUGUUGUCAGUGUGGAUGCCCCAGUCACCAUUUGCGGAGACAUCCACGGUCAGUUCCAUGAUCUGAUGGAACUCUUCCGCGUCGGAGGAGAUGUCCCCGACACCAACUACCUAUUCAUGGGCGACUUCGUCGAUCGUGGCUUCUAUUCCCUUGAAUCCUUCCUCCUUCUCCUUUGCCUCAAAGUGCGCUACCCGGAUCGCAUCACCCUGAUCCGUGGCAACCACGAAUCCCGCCAGAUCACAACCGUUUACGGCUUCUACGACGAGUGUAUCCGCAAGUAUGGCAGCGCCAAUGUAUGGCGCUAUUGCUGUGAGGUGUUUGACUAUCUGGCGCUCGGUGCCCUUGUCCUCGGAGCGAGCUCGGAACUGGAGCCCUCGGGCCCCAUGGUAGACACGACUCAGUCGACCAUGCCCAUCGAUGACGGGGAGCUCGAGACCGAGGUGUUGAACUCGAAGGGAGAGGUUACGAUGAGCACCUACCGACAGAGACAGCGAGCUUCCUCCGACGCAUCCACAGAUUCCAGAAACAUUUCGCCCCCAAGAGAUAUCUCGGCCGCCCCUGGCCAAGCGCCGCUCCGAGCCGGCGCCCCCGGCACAGGCGCCUCCGGGGAUGGCGCCGGCAGUCUGUCCAACAAAACCGGUGCCGUCCUGUGUGUUCACGGCGGACUCUCGCCGCUCAUCGACACGGUCGACAAGAUCCGUCUGAUCGACAGAAAGCAAGAGGUUCCCCACGAAGGCGCCAUGUGCGACCUGUUAUGGUCCGACCCCGACGAAAUCGACGGCUGGGGACUGAGCCCGCGUGGAGCAGGAUUCCUAUUCGGCGGGGAUAUCGUAAAACAAUUCAACUACAAGAAUGACUUGUCACUGGUUGCGCGUGCCCAUCAGCUCGUGAUGGAGGGUUACAAGGAAAUGUUCGACGGCGGGAUCGUCACCGUCUGGUCCGCCCCGAACUAUUGCUACCGCUGCGGAAACGUCGCCGCCAUCCUGGAACUCGGCGAAGACACCAGCAGCGGCGGCACCGUCACCAGAAGCAACGGAGACUACGGCCGAAGCAACGGCGUCCUGCCGACCGAAAAACUCGGCAUGAGAAGCCCCGGCAGAAGAUACAGGGUCUUCGAGGCCGCCGCGCAGGACACCAGGGGCAUGCCCGCGAAGAAACCUGUUGCUGAUUAUUUCCUGUGAUACCAUUAACGUCUCCUUUCACCUUUGUGUCAUCUCUUCCUCUACCCUCCUUCUACUCUAAUCUCUCUCGAUCUUUUGGUCCCUAUAUAGGCCGUUGGCACCCCAUGGACUUCUCUACUUCUAUUUUCUUCAAGACCCAAGUGAUGAUCUAGAUAUGUGUUCGUGUAUUUUCAAGUUGAUAGUCGGAGUUUAUUAGCUUCUGCGUUGUUCCGUCAUUGAGCCUAAUGCAGUGAAUUAUAACAGUCCUCAGAAUUCGAUUCUACUUUUAUUGUAUGUGUUGUUUGCGAUCAGAUGCUAGGGUUGAAUGUGUUUACUCAAG